CAACAACGAGCAACCUACAAUAGCUAUCGCCUUGCAUUGUUGCCAUGGCUCUAACUCGCGCUAACGGCGAGUUCAUCGACGACAAGCUUGCGGUCGUCGAAACGCAGGCGCAGGCGACUGUCGCAACGCUCAAGGAGCUCCGCGACGCGCAUCGCGUCCUCAAUCGGUUCGACGUUGAAGCCGAGCGCGACGACGCGCUACGAGCCAAUAGAGCCCUCCAACGAGCCAAGACGGCGCUCGAGCGCGAGAACACCGAGCUCAAGGCCAAGCUUGCAGCUCUUACACGCGACCGUGAUGAGAUUCGGUUCAAGUUUGACGAGCUUCUUCUUGACGUGCGGUACUCGGUAAAGAGCGCGACGUACGACCGUGGCGAGGGCGAUUUUCCGGCUGCGUCGGGACGAGCCAUUGCUUCGCAUGUCGUCGGCAAGCGAACGAGCGAUGGCCCUGCGGCAACGAGUGCUGCGGUCAAGCGCUCCCGACGAUAUGGCGCUGGUGCAGACAAAGAAGAGGCAGUAGCCUCGGUCGCGCUUUUUCCGGCGUCCGCGCCUGCCGAGAUGGCCCCAUUGAGCGACGUUGCACGUCUUGAAGCGGGCAUGGACUUGACGAUGAACCUUGUUGACCGGUUUCUCUCUGAGCUCCAAGAUGACCUGUGUGCAGCGACCAAAUCAUACUGCCGCAUCCUUCCUGCAUCAGUGCUGUCGUCGCUCAUGGGAUCUGGCGCUCCACCGCCAUCGCCGGCAGCAUACCUGGAUAUUCUCUCGACCGAGAUUGUCGUGCUGCCGCUACUUCAAGAAGACCACUGGAGCGUGACCAUGGUCUUCCGUCUCGACGCAGCUACGACGACGCCGGCAACGAUUGCAUUUUUCGAUACGUACGACAGUGUGCACCGCGAGCGCACGAUUCACACCCAAGUGCGCAAUUUUCUGGCGGCGGUGCAGCGCACGAGCCGUCCACGCAGUGACGCGCCGCUGAACCUUCUUGAGGGAUUCGCCAAGGUGCCAUUGCAGCGCGAGCCCCACGACAGUGGUGUCUUGAUGCUGCUCUACGUGCAAACGGCCCUUCUCGCGUACAGUCGAGCACGAAUGCAGCGUGAAAGCCUCGGCGUCCCAUCGCCUGGCAUCAACUUUGACGCAUUGUGUACGUGGCUCCAUCGCGCCAUGGGCCGCGUGCCGGGUAUGGUCCAGAAGAAGCGCAAUGCGAUGCUAGCGACGCUCCAAUGCCGCAUGUAAACCCGU